CAGCUGACGUUCAAGGACAUUGAGGGCAUCGACCAGGUCAAGACGGAGAUCCGGGAGCUGGUGGAGUUCCUGAAGAACCCCAAGCGCUUCAUCGACCUCGGCGCGCGAUCGCCAGCCGGCGUCCUCCUGGUCGGCGCCCCAGGCACAGGCAAGACGCUGCUGGCGAAGGCGAUUGCUGGGGAGGCGGGGGUGCCCUUCUUCUCGGCGGCUGGCACGGAGUUCAUGGAGGUGUUUGUGGGCGUGGGCGCCAGCCGCGUGCGCGACAUGUUCCAGAAGGCGCGCAAGGCCGCCCCCUGCAUCCUCUUCAUCGACGAAUUUGACGGCAUCGGCCAGCAGCGCUCCUCCACCUCCAUGGGCAGCGACGAGAGCGUGCAGACGAUCAACCAGCUGCUGACGGAGAUGGAUGGCUUUGAGGACAACUCGGGUGUCAUCGUCAUGGCUGCCACAAACAGGCCCGCUGCCCUCGACACCGCCCUCACCCGCCCUGGGCGCUUCGAUCGCAUCAUCCACCUGCCUCUGCCCAAUCUGCAGGGCCGCAUCGGCAUCCUGAAGGUGCACGCGCGCAACAAGAAGAUUGAGGAGGGCCUGGAUUACCACAAGGUUGCCAGGGCCACUGCGGGCUUCACCGGCGCCGAGCUCAUGAACCUGAUGAACACAUCUGCCGUGGUGGCCGUGCGCCGUGGGGCCAAAUUCAUCACAGAGGCUGAUGUCUUCCAGAAGAUGGGCCGCGGCAGCACGGCGUCCCAGUAUGACGAGGACAUAGUGCCGCCCGUGCUGCGCAAGACCAUCGCCGUGUACGAGGCCGGGCGCGUGCUGCUGGGCUACAUUUCCCCUGGCUACGAUGAGAUCUCACAGGUGUCUGUGUGCCCGGGCGGGGUGCCGACAGGCUACACAUACUUCAUCCCCCAGGAGGAGCACCUGGAGAGCCGGGUGAUCACACGCGGCUACAUGGAGGCCAGGAUGGUCGUCGGCAUCGCCGGCAGGUGCGCGGAGCGGCUGGUGCUAGGAGAGGCGAACAUAACGACGGCGGGCGGGGGCGACCUGGACAACGUGAAUAAUAUCGCGCGCGAGAUGGUGUACCGCUGCGGCUUCAGCAAGCGCCUGGGCCCCGUGGCGCUGAUGGACACUGAGGAGGUGUUCAUCGGCAAGGGCCGCACGCGCGCUGUCGCCAACAUCGGCACCGAGCUCGCCGCCAUCGCACUCACUGACAUCGAGGAGCUGGUGGAGGGGGCGGAGGCCAAGGCAUACUACGGCCUGGCGGUCAACUACAAGCCACUGCAGGCAUUGGUGGAGCGGCUGCUGGUCAAGGAGACCAUGUCAGGGAAAGAGGUUGAGGAGACGCUG